CCCACUCCUCCAGCCCCACCAUUCAUCAUCUAAGCCCAUCAAUGUCCCAGAACCAUUUGCCCAGCUGCCCCUUGCUUCCGGCUGCUGUUUGCCAAGAUGUUCCAGUGACCUGUGAUUCCAGCCCUGUGCCCACAUCUACCCCAAUCCAGUUCGGAUGCUGCCCAGGAUCACCGUGUCUGAGCACACAGCGAUAAACCGCAGCAGCCUGUACAGACCCUCCAGCGCGGCAAACGCUGCAACAGCAUCGGGGGCCGGUGGAGGGCAGCAAGGACCCCAGUUAAGUGGUUCCCCCAGGCAGAGCCGAAAUUAAACCGAACUCUGCCAUGAGUGUGACCCGAGCCACAGGUCCGAACCUGAGCCUUCUCUGUAUCUUUCCGCACACCUGCCUCGCGGCACGUCUGUUUGCCGGUUAAUUGCCUCUUGACUGAGAACAUCUCAUUUACCAGAUACCCUUAUUCAACUUUUCUCCUUCAUGCAACAGACUGCUUCUAUAAGGCAAAAAAUGUGGCACAGAGGACUUCAACACAGACUUCUUGACCAAAUGAUUGCAUGCUCUGGGAGUUCAGAGGACGAAGGCAAGAAGCUUGGCUUGAACUGUUUGAUGCUAAUAUAAUUUAUUUCUGAGGCAAGUUGAAAAAUGAGGUAUAUCUCUCAGAGAACAUCAGUCCAAUGCAGGAGAUACUCGGCAGACCCACGGUUGCAGCUGCCUGAAUCAGACCCCCUGCUUGGGCACAGAAUCAUCAACCUGCUGCGCAUUAACCUCCCAAACCGCACUUGGACAUGGUAGUCUUAGGGGACCGGGGAUGCCUUGUAAUGCUGGACUCUGCUCUACAAAGAUCACAUAGCUGGGGAUGGAGAGGGAUGUGAGCCUGCGAAACCGAACAGUGCCAUCGCCUGACGCCAACGCUGCUGCCUCUGCUCCCUCCUCUGCUCCAGUCCACCUGGUUCCUGCUGCCCGGUAACUCUGGAUGGUCUCAGUUCGGGGAUUCCCUGCUCUACUCUUCCUGAGCUGAGCUGGGCUCCAGUCUUGUCCCCGCAGCAGACGUGCUUAGGUCCGUGUUGGGAUUUUGGAGCUCUCCAGGCACUUCAGGGAGAGGAGGAUGCAGGAAUAGCUUUGAGCAGAAGAAACUUUCAUGGAUCCCAUCUCCUCUUACCUACAAGGAUCGCUGGAAAUGGGGUCGGGACCUGGGACAGUGCAAAUGGGUGGCAAAUAGGUGCAAUGACUGAGGGGAAAGUAGCUAUUAAACGCAAGCCCCAGUUGAAGGUUCUGGGAACUCCCCCUCCCGCACCGCCACCCCAUUUAAUCUUGGGUCCCAAUUUAAGGCUGUACCAGCUUGUUUCUUACAGGGUGCUCUUUGCCAGAGUAUGGAGCAGCUGGACAGUAAAAUUUGGUUCUUCAGUUUCUCAGGGAUUCCAACUGCAGAGAUAUGUCCUCCCAACUCCCCUUCCCCCCAGCCAGGUAUAAGCAAAAAUCAGGCAUCAGGAGAGAUGCUGAUGGGUUGCACUAUGGGAAAAGCUGUGGUGACAGGUACUGCGAGUCUGUCCUCCAGGAGUCCCGGCCAACAGGUUGAAGGUGAGAGUGUGGGUGUGCUGGGCAGGGGGCUAUGGACGGAGACCUCCUCACCCAGUUGUCCUGCUAGGCUUCUUUGCUAAACCAAACAUGUUGCAGGCUCACUGGAUCUUCCAGCAGUCCACUUGGCUGAGGAGGAAAUGAUGGUGAAAGGAAAGGACACGAGCAGCCUGAAGCCAGGAAGCCAGGGAGUUGGAGGCAGAGGCAGGAGCAGAGCCCAGGUCUGUGGGCUCAAUGAACUUGGAACUGCUACAGGUGGUGACAUUGUUCUUCCCUUGCAGAGGGGCACCAUGGGCUUCUGGAAAUUUCCGCCCUUCCUGGUUCUCAGCAUCCUGGUCCUGUACCAGGCAGGCAUGUUCCACACAGCACCAAUGAGGUCUGCCUUUGGGAGCCCUUUUGAUCCUGCUACCCUCUCUGAGGAGGAAUCACGCCUCCUUUUGGCUGCAAUGGUGAAUGACUAUGAGCAGAUGAAGGCCCGUGAGAUGCAGAAGCAGAGGGCACAGGGCUCCGGCAUCAGUGUCCAGAAGAGAUCCUGCAACACUGCCACCUGCAUGACCCAUCGGCUGGUGGGCUUGCUCAGCAGAUCUGGGAGCAUGGUGAGGAGCAACCUGUUGCCCACCAAGAUGGGCUUCAAAGUCUUUGGUGGGCGCCGCAGGAACUUUUGGAUCUGAGCAGUGGGAUGAUUCCAGGAGGAAGGUUACUAUGACUCUGAACUCUACUUCGUUUAAUUUACAAUGAAAGCAACCUACUAAAAAAUAGCAUGGAAGACAUCCAUGUAUGCAUGCUUCUGGAAACUGAAAACACUCUUUUCCUUGAAAUAAACUAAAACUAAAUGCAAAAUAAAAUCAAUGCAUCAAUGCAGUUA